AUUAAAUCCAACUCUCUCAAGACGUAAUGAUUCAUUUGUUUGCGAACUUUCUGUCUCACUAAAAUCGACAUUAGUGAAACCUUUUUAAUUGAAAAAUAAAUGGUAUAUUGUCAUAAUCGAUGAUUCAGAGAUACUUCUUUCUUAAGAUAUUCACUUGGGGAAUAAGUUGAUUAAUUUUGAUGCGUGAGAAGGCAGACCUGGGGCGAUAUAUAACUGAGACAUCUACUUAUGAGAGUACGAUCUGAGGAAGGAAAUUAGGAUACAAACAUAGAACAGCAACAGGAAAGACCAAUCAAGUUAGAGCUACCUCUGGAGUUUAUAUGGAUCUCUCUCAACAAUCAGCUACUUGUGUGUAUUGGCGAUACACAUAACAACAACACAAAGCUUUCAUUAAUUCCCAACAUAUAUUUUACAAGAUAGUUCAAAAAUCAAAAAUGCAUCUUAGUACAUGCUUUUUGUUAGCUCUUAUGCUCCAGUGUGGACUUAUAGGAAUUGCUGAUGGCUCUAGUCAAAUUCAGAAAUACCGAAGGGAGGAACGGAUUUUAAUGAAAGUUUUCAAGACUUUAGAUACAAUUCUGGAGGAUGCCAUUCUUUCAACAGGAAAGCAGUUGGAUAGAGAUAUUGCUUUAUUAAAAGACAUUAUAAAGUUAAAUAACUCUAACGCUAUUGGAAAUAACAUUGAAAAUGGGAGUAAUUCAAAAGUUGGAACUGAUGAGAAAAACAAACUAAAAGAUGAAGAGAUUGUUGUUAAACCUGCUAUAAAAAUGAAGGGAAUUAUUCUUAGGCGAACAUUGAAUGGGAAGUUGAGACCAAGUAAAACCAUUCGAUUUUGGUACCCUAAAAAUAAUGAUGUUUUAGAUACUAAUCACAAUGGAUUCAAAUCUUUAAAAAAUCAGUUUAAAAAAGAAAUCAUACAGAAGACCAAACCUGGGUCAAAGUCUAAAUUUACUGGACAGAACAGACUCGGGGCAAUGGGCCAUUCCAAAAGUUCUGAGAAUUUUGGACAGUUUGGGACAUUUACAAACACAAACUCUUUCAAACAUUCCAAUGUUUCUCCAUUGAAGGAAUCAUUUGGGUCAUUCGCCACUUCCAAAUCAUCUGGUAAUGGAUUUGGAAAGUUUGCAGACUUUAAACCUAACAAGCCUAAGGAAGAGACUUUUGGGAGCUUCGGUGACUUAAAACCUUCAAAAACUCAAGAAAAAACAGGAACUUUUGAUAUUGGUAAUUUUGGUAGCUUCGGAGACUUAAAGCCUUCCAAGACACUAGAAAAACCAGAGAAGUUUGACAUUGUUGGUUUUGGCAAUUUUGCAGACAUUAAACCUGUUAAGAGUCCUUCUUAUGGUUCAUUUAAACCCUCCAUGGACCAGCCUGUUCAAACAGGUAGUUCUGAUACAAUGGGGGAAUUUCCCAGGGGCUCAAAGCAUCAUCAAGCACAGGAGGAUCACUCCCAGGUGUCAUUUGGAUCCUCAGAUGUUAAUAUAUCUGAAGGCUCAUUUGGAUCAAAUACAGACAACUGUAAGGGCAUUAAGAGGAGAAAAUGCAGCUCAGACUCCCAUUGUAGCUGUUUUGGAUUCUACAAAUGCGUCAAAGGUCGCUGCAGGACAAGGGGACACAAGGCAAAAGCUGGGACAACAUUCCAGAGUAAACCAGACAUGGGGACCUGGCACGAGGCACCAAAGACCCCCAUGUAUCAAACAAUGUCAGGAAUGAACCCUGUAUUCAAUUGAUGCUAAUAGGAGUAAUGGAAGUUGUGUAUGCCCAUACACCUACAGGCAUUCCAAAUAUCUGUUGGCAUCAAAGCAUCAGGCCUAUUAGCAUUAAAUCUGGCAUAGGCAUUUGCAUUGCACCAGUGGAGAAUCGCCCACUUGACACACCAACAAUGGACACUGUAUCAUUGGACACACCACUAGAAAACACCAGCAAGACAGAAGAAAUGACACACAACCACACACCACCGAUGGACACUCCAAUAGAUGCACUAGUAGUGGACACGACAACACCAUGAUAGACAGACAAUCAUUCUACACAUUACCAAUGAGACACCACCCACACACUAACUCACACAGCCCAUAACUAAAAAACAGAACAAGUAAUGUGUAAUAAGUUAACACUCUCUAAAGACAAGCCAAGUGGGCUUUCAUCAUCAACAACAUUGCACUUCAAACACUUUGGACAAAGUGUGACACUUGAAUGAACUUUAUGUUGUAAUUGCGUGCCUCUUUGACUUGUUAUUGUAACACUUAUUUGAUUUCGUGAGAUCACACAUUUUGUUGUUAUUCAUUCUUAUUGCCGAGGGAUGUGUGUUAAUCAGAAAGAUUGUGAAAAAAUGUUACUAACAUUAAGCAAACUUUACUGAAAAAGAACAUAAUCAUACUUACUGUCCUGACCAUCAGUUAUUUAAAACAUAUAUAUCUGUCAGUUGCCUCAGAAAAGUGAUACCUCUGUGUUAUUUAAGAAGUUUAUAAGUUAACCACACUUUAAUCAUAUUUAGCUACAGACUGUUAAUGGAGAAUAGCUAGUCUGACUAGUCUCCUAAGGACAGUUGUAUUAUCCCCUCUUAUGUUUAAUCAACCAUUUACAUUCAUAGAGGAGGUAUAGGUGUUAUAACACUAAAACAGAACUGCCCUUCGAUAAUUGUAAAAAAUGCAACCAAUUUGGAUUAAAUAAUUUACUAGCUACAAAUCAGAAGAGAGAACUCAGUCAAUGUGUCAUAUUUAAAUAAGCCAUGUCAGUAAAUAUAUUAUUUGGACAUGUUAAUGGGAUACAUUUGCACAACUGCAUUGAAGGCGAGGGUUUUCUCUUUGGUUUUUCAUGAUGUAAGCUUUGCAAUUUAACACAAUGUACAUCAUUCCCAGACACUUAUCUCUUUAAGUUGUGUUAUUGAUAUUUAAACGUGUCUGAGAUUUUCUCAAGUUUUGUCAUCAAUAGUGAUUUGCACCUUAUCUCCGAAGUACUUGUUAAUGUAAAAUCUACUGAAUCGUAACAGUCAAUGGAAAUGUGUUUGUUGGCUUUUCCAAAGGAUUGUAUAUAAGAAUUAAGGUUAGGGUCAUUAAAUGGAAUGUUUAGCAUUAUUUUAUGGAAUGGGAUGAGGCCCUUUACUUCUCUUACAUCCCCAACAGUCUAUUAUGUAUGAUAAUUAUCAAACAUUGCAGUUAAAAUGUAUGCAGUUUGCUUGAAUUAUAUAAUAUUCAUGAAUGCUAUGUAGACCUCAUUAUGCAGUUUAAAAAAGAUGUAGGGGAUAUAUGCUAAACACUUGAUUUAUUCACCUAAGCCUUAUUUUAUUGUUAUUUACCUUAGCCUUAAUAUAUUAUCAAUUGUAUUCAAACUUCCAAUCCAGCAUUAUCUAGGUUUUGUUUAUUAAGUGCAUCACUUAAGAAUUAUACUAUAUCAGUAUAUUAGAGUAUAUCAAUAUGUAGGUUUGGAUAUAGGAUUUAUCCCUACAGUAGAUAUAUUGAUUUCCCUUGGGAUAAAUUCCAUAUCCAAAUCCUCGCAAUAAAAACUCUCAUAAUAGAACUUGACGAAUAUAUUAUGCUUACUGUUAUGAUGGUGUUUCCAUUUUAAUAUAAACAUUCAUUUCUAUUUGUUAUUUGGUCAACAUAUCAAUUGGAAUACAUAUCAAAAAGUGUACUCAAAAACAGAUAAAAACAUUAUAGUGCCAUAUAAAAAUUACUCAUUUUGUUCAUUAUGUUUGUUGUUUAAAAACUUUAUCACAAUUUAUUUUCUGAUUUAUUGCAAUAAAACUGUAAGCCACAACCAGAUUUCUAAUUAUUUUGAAAUUGUUAAUAUUCUCCUUUGUUACAAUCAGUACCACUUAAAAAUAAUUUGAUACCACCCCUAAGGGUACCAUUUCUUGAUGAUUCAACCCAUUUUGGCGGCACAAAAACUACUUUUCAUCUUAAGUAAUUAAUUUGAUAAAGGGUCAAUCCCUUGUCAUCUACCAUGUGAUUUGUCUGCUAAUGGAUUAUUUGUCUCUCAAUUGAGUUGCACACCACAACAUUAACAAAGAGCAUGUA